GUGUCUCACAUGGAUCCUGCUCUAUAUAAUGAGUGAUCUCCCUUUCACCCUCUUCUCUCCACCAUGGGCAGCAUGAAGGUGCAUCAGUUCACACGUGGAUUCUGGGAGCAUGAACCUUUCCUCACGCUUGGCUUCAAGCGAUUACGCCCUCUUGCUCCCAAGCUUCCCAACACCGACACUACUACUCCUUCUGUUCCUUUCGAUCUUAAGAGCUUCAUCAGGCCAGAAAGUGGCCCCAGAAAACACGUUUCCUCUCAUGACAAUAAGAAGGAUCCACCUUCACCCCAAUCCCAGGUUGAAACGCAUAUUCCUGGAGGGACACGGUGGAAUCCUACGCAAGAACAGAUAGGGAUAUUGGAGAUGUUGUACAAAGGAGGGAUGCGAACUCCGAAUGCUCAACAGAUAGAGCAGAUCACGGUCCAGCUUGGCAAGUACGGUAAGAUCGAAGGGAAGAACGUGUUCUAUUGGUUUCAGAAUCACAAAGCACGCGAGAGACAAAAGCAGAAGCGCAACAGCCUUACCUUUUCUCAUUCUCAUUCUCAUUCUCAUUCUCCUCCAACUCCCUCCAUUCAUAGUGUCGUUACUUUGGAGACCACAAGGGGGGAAGUAGUAGAGAGAGAUUAUGAGGAAGAUAGUCCGUACAAGAAGAAGUGUAGGAGAUGGGUAUUUGAGUGUUUGGAAGGCGAAAGCAAGUUAGCAUGCGAAGAGGAGGAACAUAGAACUCUGGAGCUUUUCCCAUUGCACCCGGAAGGCAGAUGAAGGGGUUUGAGUUUGUUUGACCAUGCAUCCAUCAUUUUGCUUUGCGUUAGUUCCGAAUGAAUCAAUGUGGUUUAAUUUGCUUUACUUUUCCUUUUUUCUCUGUAUUGGGAAAGAAGAAAGACAAAGUUGUCUCUGAUCUGUACUGUUCCACUUAAUGCUACAUAUUCCUGACUUUGGAACCAAACCAAAGCGAUUUGUCUCCUUUUAUUUGUUGAUUUCAGCUACCUGUGUGUGACUGAAAACGAUGGAUCGAUCCUUUUCACUACAGUAACGCGUAAAUCAAACAAAGCUUUUAGGUUAAAA